AUGGUCAUGACUGCCAUCGAACAAGAUCCCACUUCAUUCGAUGGAGCUUCCGAAGAAUUGAGAAAUGAUUUUAAUUUUGUUCGAAUUUGUGUGAAGAAAAAUGCACUUGUUUUUAGAAAUGUUUCUCAAGCAUUAAGAUCAAAUAAGGAAAUUAUUUUAUGUGCAUUGGAUGCCUUAGAAAAAGAUUUUUCAUUAUUCGAAUAUAUCGUAGCAGAUUUAUGCCAUUUCUUGAUACUUGUUCUUACCCAUACAUCCCUUAAUGAGAUCAACUGGUAA